UCACAAUAAUCCAUGCCACACUUUCAUUGCCCAAAGUGCUUAACUGACAAUCUAGGAUGUUCUUUUUGUUUGUUUUGUUUUGGAUUUUGUUUGUUGUUUUUGGUGGGGGGCAUUGGGAAGUGGUUUGUUGUUUUCAUUUUUGUUAACUUUCACUGUUUGCCUAAUUUAAUUAGUAAUGUUAUAAUUGCACUGAGAACUUAGUUUAGUUUUUCUUAAUAUUAUAUGAUAUAUUCCCUCAAUUGAAAGGAAAGGUCUGACUAAUGCAUGUAUUGCCUAUUUAUAGAACAAUUUAAUGGAACAGUGCAUCUAAAAAUCAAGCUUAGGCAAUGCAGAAGUGAGACUCCAACAGAAUUCCUCCCAUCCAUUAUUUUAACAUGGCACACAUUUUAAAGACGCUCAACAGCUGGUUCUGGUGGGAAAAUAUCUGGAUGCCCAUCAAUUGCACAUGGGAACAUUUUGUAGACCAUGAGGGACUUGUCUUUCCCAAACCACAUCAAUUAUAUGCCACGAUACCAUAUGCUUUUGUGCUGCUGAUUAUCCGCUUCUUCAGUGAAAGAUUUGUUGCUAUACCUUUAGCAAAAGCUUUAGGUAUAAAGAACGUAAGACGCGUGAAGCCGCAGCCUAAUCCUGUGUUAGAGAGUUAUUUCCGGGAGUGCUCCAAACAUCCAUCCCAAUCAGAUAUUCAAGGCCUUGCCAAAAAGUGCAAUUGUACUGUCCAUUUGGUGGAAAAGUGGUUUCGGAGGCGACGAAACCUUGAGAUCCCAACAGUGCUUCGAAAAUUCCGGGAAGCUUUCUGGCGAUUUUCAUUCUAUCUUACAUCCUCCAUCACUGGAUUUAUAUUUCUGUAUGAUAAACCUUGGUUUUACGACAUAUGGCAGACGUGGGUUGGCUAUCCAUUUCAGACUCUGCUGCCCUCCCAGUACUGGUACUACAUGGCUGAGAUUAGUUUUUACUGGUCUCUGUUGUUCACAAUUGGCAUUGACACCAGGAGGAAGGAUUUCCUGGCUCAUGUCGUUCACCACUUGGCAGCCAUUGGGCUGAUGAGUAGCUCUUGGUGUGGCAAUUACGUGCGCCUUGGGACGCUGGUGAUGUUUGUGCAUGACACAGCAGAUUUCUGGCUGGAGGCAGCCAAAAUGUUUAAUUAUGCUAGAUGGGAGAAAACCUGCAAUAUACUCUUUAUCCUCUUCGCUAUUGCAUUCUUCAUCACAAGAAUCAUCCUCUUCCCCUUAUGGAUCCUUCGUGCCACCUUGUAUCUGCCUACAUACUACUCCACAACUCCUGUCAUAGCAUAUUUUUUCUUCAAUGGGCAGCUAUUGGUCCUCCAAGGCUUGCAUCUGUACUGGGGUUACUUAAUUUUCAAGAUUUUGAGAAGAUUCAUUUGCUUAAAGGACUUGAAAGAUGACCGGAGUGAUGUAGAGGAGGAAGAUUCUGUCACAGAUAAUGAAGAGGAAUCUACAAGAAAUGGCAACAAGAAUGGCUGUGGGUCAAACAAACAUCUCCUAAACAGCAGUCACCACUAGCCUCCUCCUGCCUCACCUCCUGCAGUGAUUUCUGUUCUGGUUUUAACUCAACCUACAGAAUAGAAUUUAAGUCCAAAGGCUUAUGAGAGACUGUGAUUGAUUUAUUGUUGGCUACUGGACCUGGAAAAAAGCCCAGUUGAAAUGAGAGUGAAAAAUUGCAUAACAUGACAAAAUGUGUUAAUGACCUACUUUCUGAAUCGUUGCUAAGUGUUUGGAGAGAUGUUUGGACGCCCUGACUGACAGUGCUCCACAAGGGCAAAGCUCAAGAGCCUCAGAUCAUUUACUGUCCCAUUGAUUCUAACACCAUUUUUCAAUCUGAUAGAAGAUAUAUUUCACCAAGCAGCUUAAUUCACAGAUGUUUUGUGGUAGGUAGGUAGUGUGAACUCCAUUAGGAGCCAAAAUUACUCAGAGUGGGAAGAAUUUGACAGUGGUGUACAGUGACUAGCAUUUUAGUCCUUACUUUUCACGUUAUACCCUCAUCAAAAUGGCUUCUCUUUUAUUUUUUUGAGUUAGAUUUCAUUUCCUGGAGGCCAGUAGAAGCUCACAUGGAGGAAGUCAAAUUAAGAGCUGACUUCACUGCAGAAAUGCAGUCUUUCUCCAAAGUGUGCUGUAGGAUAGAUAGCUCCAAUAUUGUGUUCUGAGAUUUCCACGUUGUGGAAGUCCCUGUAAAAAUAGCAAAACUUAGCCCCCAGUUCUCCACUGAGCUCCAAGUUUCACAAAUGUCUUUCAGGCAUUUUGGCCCAGCAUUAGAAGAAAAGGUGCAGUGGGGAGGGAAGAUAGUGAAUGGAAAUUGGGUCUUCUGACAGGUUCUUUUGCACUACUUAUUUGUCUUCAGAGCUGCUGAACGCCUCCUGCUCCUGACACAUCUACAGCCCAGAAGAGUGAAAAUAAAUCUUCUCCAACGCCUUUUCCUGA